GAUAAAACGAUUUUUUGAAUUUCAAUUUUCAUGUCUGAAAUCUGAAUCUGAAAUGAAAUGUCAAAUAAUACAUUUUAGUGACGGACAAGGUAUUUUACACGUUUAAAAAUUAUGUCAAUAAUAAAUGAAGUAGAGAAAACAGUGGCUAUCGACGAUAAUAACACAUUACAAGAUCAUAAUUUCCAAAUCAGACCUUCACACAAUCAAAAAUUCAAUACACAUAUUGCAAAAGAAGCUAUUCAAGAGACACUUCAAAAAUACCUGAAGGAUAAAGAGUAUAGUCAAAUUGAAGCUGAACCACUUAGCACAACUAUUGCUAAAGAAAUAAAGGACAAACUUAAAGAUCAUUGUUUAGAAAAUCGUUAUAAGUCAAUGGUACAAGUUGUUUUGGGUGAACGACACGGUGCUGGUACAAGAGUUGGAGCGCGUUGUAUUUGGGAUGCUGAUACUGACACACAGGCCUCUGAUAAGUUUUUAAAUGAAACUAUAUUUUGUGUGGCAGUAGUUUUUGCUGUGUAUUUUUAUUAAUCAAUUUGAUGGAUAAUAUAUUCUAAUUUAUUAAUUUUGUAUUACAGAGAACCAAUGUUACUUAAAUAUAGGAACUAUAAAAACUAGUAUAAAAUCAAUUAAAUAUAAUAUUUUGGUUAUCAUGUCUAAUGAAGAGGUUGAUGAUGUCUGGGAUGAUUUUAUAAAUUUACCUGCAGACCCUCCUGAAAUGCGUCAAAUAUGUUUUUCAUGCGAGCGACCUCAAAAUGUAUGUUGGUGUAAUUAUUUACCUAAAACAAGGUUAAAGCCUAAAUGUCGAAUUAUUCUACUGCAACACCCAGCGGAAGAAAAAAGAAGUCUUCGUACUGCUCCUAUGUUGACAUUGGGAUUGGCAGAAGAAAGUUGUGUUGUUUAUAAAGGAAAAAAAUUCCCUACAAAAAAACAUGUUGGCCUAUGGGAUAUAUUAUCAUCUAAACAUUCAGUUUUAUUGUAUCCUUCUAAAAAGGCAACAGAUAUAGUUGAUUUACCAAAAGAAACAGAACUUAAUAAUUUGAUUAUACUUGAUGGUACUUGGCCACAAGCAAAAGCUAUUUACAAUAAUACACCACUGCUUCAAUCAAUGAUACAUGUAAAAUUUAUGCACAAAUAUGAAAGUCAUUAUAUUAUUAGAACCCAACCAACGGAUGGAUGUCUUUCUACAUUAGAAACGGCGAUUGAAGCAUUAACAGUAUUAGAAAAAGAUGAAUCAUACAAAAAUAUAUUGCUGAAACCCUUAAAUGCUCUAUGUAAUUUUCAACUUCAGCAUGGUGCUGUAACACAUCAAAGCAAAGAAUUUAAAAAACGAAAUCGAACUUAUCCUAAACUAAUUGGAAGACGACUUCGACAAUAUCUAGAAGAUGGUGAUGAUUAUUAAUGCAAUUACUUUAUGAUAAAUAAUAAUUAUCAUGGUUACAUUUAUAUUAUAUUGACUUUUAUUACCUAAUUAUCAUCUAUGUGAUGAUGAAAAUUGUAAGUAGGUACUUUAUUCAAAUAGUUUUAUAAUUUUUUUUUGUAAAUUAAUAUUUAAUUAUGUAUCUUAAGUAUGCUGAAAAAUACAUUUUUUAAAUCUCAAAUUUUUAAACAUGAUAAAUAAUACCCAGAUACAAACAUUUUGGUAUAGAAAGUUGUAUAUUAAUUAUAUCUAGUUAGUUAUAAUUCCUAGAUACCUUUUCAUUAAUGAUUAAAAAUAACUAAAGUAUACUAUGUAUGCACAUUUAUUUUGGUAAAAUGUAUUAUUUAAGGAAUAUUGACCAUCAAAUGACAAUAUAGGAUGCACAUAUUAA